AGUUGACUCCAUGUCAAGAGGAGAUCCUCACACUGACGCCCCAAAAAGCGGGGAAAAACUUGGAGAUGAAGACGGGCCUGGGAGAGGAGCUGGAGGUGAUGCAGCACACUGCGUUCGGAAAAGCGAUUUAUGAUCUGAGCCACUCUGAGAGGGUGAUGAAUGAUCUGACGUUUGGACGCCGGGUGGGGCUUUACGAGCUGAAGGGAGAGAUUGGCUCUGGAAACUUCUCCCAGGUUAGAUUGGGGAUACAUGACCUGACCAAAGAGAGAGUUGCAGUUAAAAUCCUGGACAAGAUUCAUCUGGACGAUCAAACACAAACACUCUUUGAUUCAGAAAUCUGCUGCAUGCUGAAGCUGGCUCACCCAAACAUAGUGCAGCUGUAUGAGGUGUUGGAGACGUUCAAGAGGCUCUACCUGGUGAUGGAGUACGCCAGCGGCGGAGAACUGUUCUCUCGUAUCAGCACCAGGGGGCGCCUGUCAGACCUGGAGAGCAAGCUUGUGUUCUCACAGAUCAUUUCUGCAGUCAAACACAUGCAUGAUAAUAAAAUUGUGCACAGGGACCUGAAGGCGGAGAAUGUCUUCUACACCAGCACCUACUGCAUCAAAGUGGGUGACUUUGGUUUCAGCACAUCCUGCUGUCCCAACGGCAUCCUUCACACAUUCUGUGGCUCUCCACCAUACACAGCCCCUGAGCUGUUCACAGAGAGAGGCUACAUCGGUCAGUGUGCUGAUAUGUGGGCGCUUGGCGUGCUGCUUUACUUCAUGGUGACGGCUUCUCUGCCUUUCAAAGCUGCAAACACAAACAUGCUGAGGUGUUGUAUCCUGCAGGGCUCCUACGUCAUACCUACAUAUGUUCCUACAUCAUGUCAGGAGAUCAUUAAAGGUCUGCUGAGGCUGGUUCCUUUAGAUCGCCUCACUAUGGCAGAAAUCAUGGAUAGUCAUUGGAUGACAGGUAUUGAAUACCCUCAGCCGUACCCCGUCUGUCCAAAAACACCCUCCCAGCUGGUCGAUCCCUCUCACAGCCUCAGCUCAGAUCAAGUGAAGGCGAAGGCAGCGCUGGAGGAUCUUGGAAUCACUAAGGCUCAGCUCCUGAACAACAACCUAGACUUGAGAAGCCCCGUUACAGGAACUUACAGGAUUCUGCUUCACCGCAUCCAGAAGAGGAGAUCUGUUGAGGCCUUGGGCUAUAGUCGGACGAGUGCUAAAGAGUCACAUAACAGACUCAGGUGGAGAGCAGGCUCAGAGGGAAGGUUAAACAAACACAAAUCUGUGGUCUGUAGCAUCAUGUAG